AUGCUAAUUUUGAUAGAAAUCACCCAUUCAGAAUGCUUGCUUCCUCCCCAGGCGGGCUGGUCAAAAUCCCCGUUAUCCCACACCCUCGCAUGCCUCGGUAUUCACAGCUGGUCGCGUGGCCAUCAAAGGAAAUUCCUCGAGUGGACAGGUGCGAAAUGUGAUAUGAUUGACAACAUACUUUAG